GGAAAACACAGGAAGUUUUAACGUUAUGGACAUCAAUUUACAACUGAUUAUAGCAGGAAGUUUAUUUUUUGGGACUGCUUUCCAAUUUGGGAACGGUUCCGGAGAGUCAACCGAGAAUAUAUCAGACCCGCGAGAAAAUAGGGAGAAAGACUUUGAUGUUCUUAUGCACUGGAAACUAAAUGGUGAAGAGCUGAACAUAAGCUACAGCGCUGUGAACUUAGAAAAAGACAGCAGGUGUAAUGGAAGCAAGGCGCUGAUAUUUGGGCAGGAAGGAGAAAGUAGCGCGUCUUACGCUGAAAUUCGGCCCAAAACAGAUAUCAGCGAAAGAGAGUCGUAUACAAUAAUGUGCUGGAUCAAAUUGAAAAGGUACAACACAAAAACUGACUCCUAUCAAGUCAUUUUGGCAGAUUUGACGACGCAAAAGUAUAUGUUUGCAAUCAUUCAUGGCGGUAAGCUGUCCUUGAACAGCAGAGUCUUUGGAAAAAGUACCUUGAGAUUAAAAGAAGCUCAUGAACGGGUUCGUCUACAUAAAUGGGUCCAUACAGCUGCGACUUGGGACGGUUAUGAAAUAAAAUUGUUUGUAGAUGGUAAAGAAAUGGAUGGGAACACGUUAGAUUCUUCGUUGAAAAAUGAAGGUUCCUUUGAGAGUGAAACAGCUUACAUAGGAGGAUACCCGGGGCUUCACCAGUUCAACGGAUCAAUAAUGGAUCUAUUUGUCAUUGGAACGGCACUCUCGCGGGCUAACAUCAUGAGCGUCUUUAAAGGUGUUCCACUGAUGACGCAGAAAACCGUCAGUGUCCCAGGGAAACAUGUCAUGGUCAAGUGGAAGAGAAUCUUUGAAGGACAGUGUCCUUCUGACAACUUCUUUGUAUAUUACAAAGAAGUAAACUCCACUCAAUGGAAGUUCCGAAACGUGUCCAAGGGAGCUAAUCAAUAUGAUCUUGAGCUGGAGUGUUUUAGAAAGUAUGAUGUAGCUGUUACUGCCGAGAGGUCACAAAAUAGUGAGAAUGUAGAGGCUCCAAGAGAUGCCAGCAAUCAUUGGAAGGUACUAACUGGACAAGAUUUUCCAGAAAUUUUGAAUCACGACCCGGAGGUAAAGGGAAACUUAGUAACGGUGUCAUGGUCACGCCUUGUAGACUGCGAUGUGAAAAACCAUAUUCUCAGGUAUAAGUAUAAAAACGUAGAAGAAUGGACAGAAAAAACUGAACAAGUUCCUGCGACGGAAUUUAAACAUACACUUAAACUGAAAUGCCAUAAAGUCUACCUAAUUGCAGUCACCGCCAGGACGGCAGUUGGCGAGACGCCUCUAACACCUAGCAGUUGGUGGAAGGUCAAAACCGGACAAGACUUUCCGAAAAUGAAAAAACCAGAGGUUAGGAAGAGCAAUGUGACGGUCAGAUGGGAAAAUCCCUUCGUUGGCGAAUGCAAUGUUUCAAGGUUCACCGUGUACUACAGAGAAACAAUGGAGCGUCAGUCUGUAAACUGGACAAAAGUUAUAGUUUCAAGAGACGACUUCCAAACGACUCUUCAGUUGAAUUGCACAACGGUUUACGAAAUUGCAGUCACGGCAUGGAGCUCACAUGGAGAAACGCUGCUGGACGGAAACAUAAAGAAUACGCAGACUUUUGGAGAUUCACCAUCGCCUAUUGAACACAGUUCAAUCACAAUUUUAGAAGACUGUAAAGUGAACAUUUCUUGGAAUCCCCCGAAGGACAAUGGCUGCCCUUUAAAGAAGUACACAAUUUACUACAGAGAGAUUCCAGACUCAUAUAGCACGUGGCACGAAAUAAGUAUACCUGACGUCAGACGAACUCACAAAAUUUUUCCGCUCAAGUGUGGUCAGCAAUACCAGCUAGCACUGACUGCAUCUAAUUCUGCAGGAGAAAGCAAAAUGUCACCUCCUUAUAACAUAAUAACUACAGGUAUUUCAAAGCGGUUUUUACGCAUUUAA